UUUACCCGCGAUAUUCAAAGCUUCAGUCGCUAAUAGCGCUGGUUAGACUCGGUACGCGGUAUCGUAACAUUGAUCUGUGGUAACAACAUUUCACUUCUAGCACAGAUACACACGAGUGUUAAAAGAAAAAGAAACCAUAUCUACGGAUAAUUGCGCUCCGCCUGUACUGUAGUACCGUGUAAACCAGGUGAAAGGCUGUAUACGAGCUGUUAAUCGCGUUUUUUUUUAUUUUAUUUACACAUAGAAAAUGUGCGCCCUCAAUCUGAAGCACAGCCAUCCGUUUAUAGAUGGUCUGCGAAACCCACCAGAAGGCAAAAAGAAGGAUGUGCAAAAAAUUAAAAGCUGGAUGAUGACACAGCCUCAUCUACCUGAAGUUCACGAAGAAUUUAUCUAUCUGUUUCUUCACGCCUGCCACUACGUCCACGAAAGGACCAAAAGCGCCAUAGAAACAUGGUUUACCAUCAGAGCAAUACAUCCUAAUAUCUUCUCAAACAGAGAUCCCAUGGAGCCCAAGAUGAAAAAUUUGAUUGAUAUGGGGUAUCUUCUAAGACUUCCCAAAACUACCCCUGAGGGAUACAGGGUGUUGAUGUAUGCCGUUAGAGACCCAGAUCCAACCAAAAUGAACUUUAAUGAUGUUGUCAAAGGUUUUUGUAUGUAUAACGACUGCGUGUUGUCCGAAGAUGGUCUCCAAGAAGGAUAUGUUAUUAUUUUUGAUAUGAAAGAUGUUUCGAUUGGUCACUUGGCACGAGUCAGUUUACCCGCAUUGAAAUGCUUCUUGUGGUAUAUUCAGGAUGCUCAUCCAGCCCGAAUCAAGAGUAUCCACGUUCUGAACACCGCUACAUGGAUACAUCACGUGAUGAGACUAGUCGUACCUCUAGUAAGGUCUGAACUUCUAAAUCUAGUCAAAUUUCACAAAGGUGGUCUUCCAGAAAAGUUUCCUACAGAGCUUUUGCCCAUGGACUACGGUGGUGAAGCACCAACAGUGGAAGAAUUAGACCGUACUACUAAAGCUCUGUUGGACAAAUACAGCAGUUGGUUGAUUGAAUCGUCAUUACUGGUCGCUGACGAAUCAAAAAGGCCCAAAAAAGGAAGUUGGUGGGGUCUUUUUAGCAGCAAAAGCAACCAGCAAGUGGAGAUUGACGAAAAAAAUAUACUGAAAAAUUUACAAAUUGACUAGGAAACUUGUUGACGUACUUUUAAGACGUAUAGAUUAUUUUUUAAUGUUUGGGACCAUAUUCUGAAUACUUUUAGUUUGAUUUUAGUUAGAGAAAUUAAAUGUCUACUUUUAUACA